AUGCUUCUCCUGCAUCUCGUAGUUCUGUUUACUAGAGCAAUUUCGCUCCUCCUACCAAGUAAAAAGCCGAGUGGAACAGAGAAGGACAAAUAUCAAAGCGUAGCCUCGAGCGGACUCAACUUGCCUCCAGUUCCCAAACUGAAGAGACGCAGCGAAAGAUUACCUGUCAUCCAAGAAAAAUCUGAUUAUAAUCCGUGCAAAACAGCUAAAAACAUUUGUAAGAAUAAGGGAAAAUGCGAGAAUCGCAACGGGCAGUUCAUCUGUCACUGUCCUCCAACACAUUACGGGAAAACAUGUGAACGCAUAGCAGAUACGCGAUUUUGCAAGGAUCAUAAGUGCCAGAAUGGAGCCACAUGUAUAAGCACGGAGAGGAACCAGACUUUUGUGGACCCACUCAAAUUGCGCCGUUUCAAGGCAAGUCAUCCCAACGAGGUCCCGCUUACUUCUAAAGCAGACCUUAUGACCACAAUACAGUAUCAGUGCAUCUGUCCAGACGGUUUUAUUGGCGAGUACUGUCAUCUGACCGAAGAGGAGCAAAGUUGCGAGGAGGAUUACUGUAGCAGCCAUGGGCAAGGUCAUUAUGAUCCGGAGGAUGGUUGUAAUUGCGAGUGUGAUCCAAAGGAAUGGAUCGGAGAGAGGUGUGAUAUCCGCUCACCAUGUGCAACCUAUAGUUGUAUGAACUCAGCGAAUUGCACUCUCAAAGAACAUUCUAAAGAGAAAGCAGUCGAGGCUAUAUGUGUAUGUCCUCAAGAAGUAGAACUGGUCAAGGUUACGGUGUCAGGUGAUCACUGCGAAAAGAUUUCCACAGACGAGGAGACGUCCAAAUUUAUACCUUGCUCUGACCGCUAUGGUUACCAAGACUGGUUCAAAGCAGUCCGGCAAAAGUUGAGAGGUGCGGAUAAGGCGAAUCUACAAGAAAUUGACAGAUCUUGUGUAAAAAUUGAUGAUGGAAUAUGUGAGUUAGAUAACGAGUUGCGCGUUGGUUGGUGCUACCAUGGAGGAGUUUGUCACGCUCGCGUGGAAAUGUUCGAGUCUGGAAAGCAGUAUCUUGUGCCGUUUUGCGAAUGCAAUGCCGCAGACAGCGGUAGAUUCUGUGAGGUUAGUUAA